AUGGCAAUUUCAACAUCCUCUUCGUACUUAAAAGAUAGUAAUCAGGGCUCAUCAGAUACGGCUCUCUAUGAUUUAUUCAAUGUCACUGACAAAAACACUUCGUUAAGUUUGGACGAACAAAAACUACUGGCUUCUUCAACUUACCUGGACCCUUCUUAUUAUUCUCCAAAUUAUCAAAUAAUUGGUACGUUUUUUCAAAGCAUUAUAUUUUUAGUAGGGGUCUUAGGUAACAUCAUGGUAGUCAUUGUAGUAAGAAGGACGCACAGCAUGCGGACUCCGACCAACUGCUACCUGGUUAGUCUUUCUAUUGCUGACCUCAUGGUUCUGAUAGCUUCGGUCCCUAACGAGAUUUUAUCAUAUUUCUUACUUGGUGACGAAUGGAUCUGGGGGAGGGUAGGAUGUGCGCUAUUCAUCUUUCUCCAGUAUUUAGGAAUCAACGCCUCAUCUCUGUCUAUCACGGCCUUUACAAUUGAAAGAUACAUAGCUAUUUGUCACCCGAUGCGAGCCCAGAUGGUCUGUACCGUUAGCAGAGCUAAGAAAAUCAUCAUCGGAGUCUGGGCGUUUGCUUGUAUUUAUUGCUCUCCUUGGCUGUUCCUCACCAAGACGGAACGUAUCUUCUACAUGGGCCACACCAAUAAAGAAACUUGUACUUUUGCUUUAUCAAGAGAACAAUACGUGGGAUAUUUCUUCACUGAUCUAAUAUUGUUUUACAUCUUUCCUCUUGUCUUAUCUUGCGUAUUAUACAGUUUGAUUGCUCGAAUUUUGUUCACGAACGAAAUUCCCAAAAAUCCAGGAAGAAGAAACAGCUCAUCCAAAGAAUCCAAAAAGAUAACCAAGAACACAAGUGCCAGGGUUCAGGUUGUGAAGAUGUUGGCUGUUGUUGUAGCCGUGUUUGCCACUCUAUGGGUGCCCUACCGUGUCCUCCUUGUCUACAAUUCUUUUGCCAAGCGGCGGUACAUGGAACUGUGGUUUCUUAUGUUCUGUAAAACAAUGAUCUACAUCAACAGCGCCAUAAAUCCCAUCCUUUACAAUGCCAUGUCUAUAAAGUUUCGGCGUGCUUUCAAAAGGAUGCUGUCUUGUCCAAAGAUGGAGUUGCGGGUCGGUCAUCCUUUUCGAAGUGUGGCUGGAUCAAGUCGUCCUGAAGCUGCACAUACAACGGCUACAACAACCAGAAGUCUGACGACUAAGAGAGAAACCUUUCAGCUCCAUCAAAUCUAGUAAAAUCUAACCCUGUUUUUUCUCUGGUCUGUAGCGUCAGGGCAGUAUUUCUGAAAGUAAACAAAUAUAAUACUCUAAUGUUGCCUUGUAGAUCACAGUUAUGAAAACUCAAUAACUUGAGUGCUUUUAGGAGGCAAAUUUCCUCCUACUUAAGAGAGAACUAGGAAAUUAUAAAGGUUACUAUAUGAUUCCUGGUGAUGUAUUGGAUUCCAGUGGAUUUUUCUUAGGUUCAGUAUAGCCACAAGUGUUAGUAUUAUAAUAGUAUGACG